CGGCACCAUAAGCACUCGGGAGCGCGCGAUACGUCUCGCACAUGCGUAGAAGUAAUUGCAGAGGCGUGAGCGCGCAUUGUACCUGUUCUUCACUAGUUUACGGGCUUGCAGGUAGUUUGGACACCGUGAAGUUUUAAAGCCUGGCAGAACGGUAUCUUGUGAAAGUGGCGCCAGCAGCUCCAGGGGAAUUAGCCCUUUUGAAGUAGUUCAUGAAGUAGAAUAUCCUUUCUGGGCUGAGAGCAGAUCAAACGAUCCAGAAGGAAGACUGAGGAGAAUCCAGAGCUUUUGCCAGUUGGAGACUUCCAGGAUAAUAGGCAGAAGAUGGACAUAAGAAGUUUGAGCAAUAUUGAGCUCAAAGAACAGUUGCUGAAGCACGGGAUCAAUCCAGGACCUAUUUUACCCAGUACUAGAAGUGUUUAUGAAAAGAAGCUACAGAAGCUGUUGAAAAAAGUCCAAGAAAAUGGAGAUGCUCAUGACGAUCAGUAUUCAGACAGUGAUGAUGAAGGUGCUCAGUUUAAAGACAUAGCUGGAUUGGGAAAUGAGGUUCAUUUUGAUGGUGAAGAUGGAACCAUUUUGAAAAACUACAGCCGCACCAAUGUUUAUACUGUGAAUGUUCCAGUGCCCAGACGAUCUUCUUUACCAAGCUCAACAAGACCCUCUGCAGGCCAAUAUACACAUAUUCCCGCAUGUAUUGCAGCUGAAUUUAACCAGAACAUUGCAACACUAGGAGAUGACUUCAGUGUAACAAAGAUGUUGAAACAGAUGGAGCGGAGAUCUUCGUUGGGCCAACCUUCAGGGAACAAAAAUAAGGAUGGUAAAAAUCAGGCUCUGAAAAGUCAGGAAAAAGUGACUGCAGACAAGAACACAAUGACCUACAGAUCUCCAGCUAACACACCUAAGGCUUGUGUGUUUUUGAAGCAGAACAGACACCAGCCAGAGGAUGCCACUUCUGGUGACCUGUAUGAACUGCUGUCACAGUCUGCACUGGGAAUGAGUGCUACUCGUAGGAAGCCAAUAAAAGGUGCGGCUGGUCGUCCCAUUCAGUUCCAAUAUGAUGACAUUGUCAGGAGAGCCAAGAUAAAAGAACAGACUAAAGAAAUUCAAGAAGAAAAAAAGCCACAAUGCUUGAUUUCUGUUCCUCUGCGGAUCGCUAUUUUUGUUUUGGUAGCUUUUGUUGUCUUGGUCUUGCUUACCAUGGAGAGCAGCCCUGAGAAUCCGUUUGAGCCUCCCACAGAAGACACACAUUUACAGCAACAUUAGUUCUCUGCACUAUAGUUUCUAAAUCGGUUUCCUAGCCAAGAUCGAAGGAACUAAAAGUAAGUGUAACAAAGGUUGAGGUACUCAUGGUAAUAUAUGGAAUUGCAAUAUGCAAAUAGGUUACCUAGGUAACCUCGUAGAAAUAGUGGUUAAAUGCAAUUGCAAUUUCUUUGGCUGUUUCCUAGAGGUACUGAACAUAGAUCUACUACUUGCAAUACACUUUUCUUAUUUCAGUUCAUUGUUGUUAGGUUGGGCACAGGUGCAGUAUGGUGCGUACAUUAUUUAGCUGAUCACACUGUACAAGUCCUUGCAUAUGGUCAGGUUUAUCCUGGUAAUUUCAAAUACAGUACAUAAUUGCGGUAAUGCACGAUAAAAUGUCAACACUCUAUACUUUCAUUGGAAAUUUCUUUCCGGUUUUGUUAUCUUAUCUUGUUAACCUUGCUGCAUACUUUAGUUUUCUCAAGUUUCUUAUGUUUUCCUGAAAUUAGCUGCUUUGAGACCAUGAACAGUUCAGAAGUCUUGUUGGAAACAGUAAACCUGUAAUAACUAACUGAA